UCCUCAGUCUUCCCGCCAUUUUCUGCGUCUCUCCCCCUCCCCUCCGUGCAGUCGCUGAGGCAGAGCGCUGUGGUUUAAUCUUAAAAAUGGAACGGUACACAUCAUACAUAGGAUGUGAGACUUCUAAAGUGCCUUUAUCUGCUAUCGCUCAGAGGAUUAUGACAGCUUUGCAGUCUAUUCCUGUAGAAGUUCAGACUAGCAGAAAGAAUAACCAGAGUAUAGAGAAGACAAAGGAAAAUAAACUAGGUGAUAAGGAUGCACAUCUGAAAAAUGGAAAGGAGACUCAUGAUUCCACAAUUGCCUUAAUAAAAACAUCUGCCAGGCCUGAAAAAAGUACUGCUGGUCAGAUAGUCAGGACAGUACAUACCGAUGAAAUACUUUGCUGUCAAGAUACCAAAAUAGCGAGCUGUUACCAGGAUUUAGAGUUGCCAACAUGGGGAUAUAAAGAAAGAAAUCUUUCAGUAGAAGCAAAAAACCUGAAGGAUGGUGAAAAGAAUAUAGCUACUCCCCUUAAGAGAAAGCAAGAUGUGCCUACAUGUUGUUCAGAGAAAACAAGAAGGUUACCUGUAAAGACCUACACUUCUUCACAUGAAAGAAGAUACAACUGUACUUCUGGACAAACAGAGUCUUCUGAAAAUUACCCUUGUGAUAUCAGGAGUUUGGGAUGUGAAGAAAAAAGAGAAUUGCUUGCAACUAUAGAACAGGCAGUGGCUUUUGUAACUACUAUGAUAUUUCAAGAUGGUUCUUCACAGCUCAACUCAGAGCAGGUCUUAACCUCAUCAGUAAAAGGAGUUGUUGUGUUAGUGAAGAAUCAGACUGAUCGCCCUUGCCCUCCCAGUUACUCUUCAACUGACUAUACUUGGAAUGCUGCUAAAGAAAAUGAUAAAUUAAUUUAUUUAAAAACCGAAUGGUCAUCUCUUUGGGAACAAGAACAGCAGGCUCACAAGAAAUUUGCUUGGCAAGUGUUGUUUCAAAUACUACAUUGCAAAGUUCCGAUUAUUUGCUUCAAUGCAAAAGAUUUUCUGAGGACUCUACUUCAAGUUUAUGGUAAUGAAACCAGCUGGAAACAAGUUGCUGAUAGUGUCGUGUUAGAUCCAAGGAUUGCAGCGUGGCUGAUAAACCCCAGCGACACGGUUCCCUCUUUUGAAUGUUUAAUACAGAAGUAUUUUGAAAAGCCUUUUUCUGUGGGAACAGUAAAUACAGAUACAGGCACUUUGAGAGAUGCAUCAUAUCAAAACUUAGGUGUGAAUUUGGAGAAGCUUUAUAAUGUAAUGAUGGACCUCGCUCAUGACUUACAGAUUCAAGGUUUGUGGAAAUUAUUUUGCACAUUAGAGCUUCCACUUAUCAAAAUUCUGGCAGUGAUGGAAACACACAAAAUACAUGUGAACAAACAAGAACUGAAAAAAACAUCAGAGAUUCUGGGGUUGCGACUCAAAGAGCUUGAAGAGGAAGCUCAUCAAGUUGCUGGAGAACGAUUCCUUUUGACCAGCAGUAGUCAAGUCAGAGAGGUACUAUUUGAAAAGUUAAAACUGCAUGCACUGUGUGAGAAAGUUCACAGAACUGAAAUACAACAACUUGUGUCCACCUCAGAAGUUGUGCUAAAUAAGUUGCAAGAUCUUCAUCCUUUGCCUAAGAUAAUUUUAGAAUACCGUCAGGUUCGUAAGAUGAAAUCAACUUAUGUGGAUGGACUACGAACAUGCAUGAGAAAGGGAUUUAUUUCCUCUACAUGGAAUCAGACAGGAACUGUGACUGGCAGACUUUCAGCCAAACAUCCAAACAUUCAAGGUGUCUCUAAACAUCCAGUUAGAAUUACAAAGAAACAGUACAUAAAAGGAAAAGAAGAAGAAAUAGUAACUAUUUCCCCAAGAACAUUGUUUGUUUCAAAAAAAGGAUAUACAUUUUUAGCAGCAGAUUUUUCCCAUAUUGAGUUAAGGAUCCUUGCUGACUUAUCAUCUGAACCAGAACUUUUGAAACUGUUCCAAGAACCUGAAACCACUGAUAUCUUUUCCACACUGGCUUCUCAGUGGAAGGAGAUUCCAAGUGAACAAGUGAAACACGCUGAUAGAGAGCAAGCAAAGCGUAUAGUUUACUCAGUGGUUUAUGGAGCAGGUAAAGAACGUCUUGCUCACUGCCUGGGAAUUACUCCUCUUCAAGCCAGUCAAUUUAUAGAGAGUUUUAUGCAAAAAUACAAGAAAGUACAUGAAUUUACAAAGAAAACCAUUGAACAAUGCCGAAAUAAAGGUUAUGUGGUUUCCAUAAUGGGACGUAAAAGACCACUGGCUAAUAUCAAUGCACAGGAUUACAAACUACGCACUCAAGCGGAGAGGCAGGCUGUCAAUUUUGUUGUUCAAGGAUCUGCAGCUGAUCUUUGUAAAAUGGCUAUGGUGGAGAUUUUUACCUCUGUUGUCAUUUCUCCGACUUUAACAGCCAGGUUAAUUGCCCAGAUUCAUGAUGAGUUGUUGUUUGAAGUAGAAGAUUCUCAAAUCCAGGAAUUUUCAGCACUGGUAAAAAGAACAAUGGAGUCCCUGCAACAAACCACAGCCUUGGAAGUGCCACUAAAGGUUCCCUUGAAAGUGAUUCUUGCCACUGGGAAAUCAUGGGGGUGUAUGACAGAAUUGCAGGAGAUGUAAAGCAGUCAUCGGGGAUGUUAUUCAGUACCCGUACACCUCAUUGGCCUAUGCUGAUUCCUCGCUGAAUCACUAGGCAACAGCGCUGCUGGAUCUUUCAUAAGCACCUAAUACUCUGCAUGUGAAUUUUUUUACUUCAUUUUGUCUG